CUCUCUCUCUCUCUCUCCUUCCUGUAGGCGAAACCCUAGUUUUCUCAGUCUCUGUAUUGCAGUCACACUCUCGGCCUGUUCUUUCCAAAUCUAGCGCUUGUUGCUUCAAUCUCUCCAAAACCCCCAAAAUCUCUGUUUCUGUCUGCAUGCGCAAUCCUCAUGUCUGAUUCGAAGCAACAAAAAAUCCUUAAUCAAAUGUGUAUUUUUUGAGAUUUUGGAGGUACACAUACGAACAUAUAGACUCGUAGAGAUAUAGAUAGUGGAUAUGUAUAGAGAUCGAGGAGGUGUAGGAGGAGCAUCGAAGUCGGAGAUGGUAGGAGGGCCGUUGGAUCGGAAGCGAAUCAACGAUGCGUUAGAUAAGCACUUGGACAAGUCAUCGCCGUCGACUUCGAGAGGUUUGAAGGAGAAGGAGAGAUUGUCUGUGCCGUCGACUUCUGCCGCUGGAGGUGGUAGCAAAUUGCAACAGCAGCAGAUUGAUCAUCGCGACAUUCGGUCCUCUUCGACACUCACCACCAACAAGAACAAGUGCUCUGAUGAGGAAUCUGAAACAGACAGUGAAGAGUCUGAUGUUAGUGGUUCUGAUGGAGAUGACACAUCUUGGAUUUCAUGGUUUUGCAAUUUGCGAGGAAAUGAAUUUUUCUGUGAAGUUGAUGAUGAAUACAUCCAAGAUGAUUUUAAUCUUUGUGGAUUAAGCAGUCAAGUACCAUAUUAUGAUUAUGCUCUUGAUCUAAUUCUGGAUGUUGAGUCCUCUCAUGCCAGGCCUUUGUAUUUGAGCAAUUCUACAUCAUCUGAGUGA